AAGAUCCGCUUUCUGCGUUCCUCCUCUAUCCAGCCUUGAUUCUCCAGAUGCUUCCCAACUUAUUAAUAUUUGACUCAGCUGCACGGCUUUCAACCCGCGCUUUUGUUAGAAUACUUCUAUUUUCCCCUUAAAGCAAUGCCCACACUCAGUUAGCUUGGUAAAAAUGUUAAUAACGCACACUUUUAAAAAGGCGAUAACCGUUGCUUGCAUAAAGUGGCCAUUUGAAUACACUUUGGGUCUGAUUUAGAGAUUUAGGGGUGGAUGUUUAAACAAAAAAGCAAAAGUAGUAACAGACUACAGCAUUGGUAAUGUGUGUGUGCAUAUAUACAUAUUUAAAAAAAAUAAUAAAGUUCGAUUCUUUCACCUGGCUUGUCAGUCACCUAUGCAGGCGUCUGAGCCCCAGGGUUUCCAGGAGCCCCCCGUAUAAGGACCCCAGGGACUCCUCUCCCCAGGCGGCCAGGCCACCCGCCCAGCCCCCAGCCCGGAGCGCUGCCACCGACGCCCUCAGCGUCCCAAGCCCCAGCUCUGUCGCCCGCGUUCCUUCCUCUUCCUGGGCCACAAUCUUGGCUUUCCCGGGCCGGCUUCACGCAGUUGCGCAGGAGCCCGCGGGGGAAGACUUCUCGUGGGGACCUCGAGCACCACGUGCGACCCUAAAUCCGCACAUCUCCUCUGCCGCCUCGCAGGCCACAUGCACCGGGAGCCAGGCAGGGCAGGUGCCGCCCGCAAGGACCCCCAGCGAUGGAGAUGCCACACCUCCGCGACUGCACGUGGGGCCACCCCGCCGCGACCCGGCCGCCGCCCGGCAGGAAGCGUAGCAGCAGCCCCUGCAGUCUGAGGCAAUGCGCUGCAGCAACCCCAAGAAUGGAGUUGUGCUGGCUACAGUGGCCCGAGGUCCCGAUGCUUGUCAGAUACUCACCAGAGCCCCGCUGGGCCAGGAUCCCCCGCAGAGGACAGUGCUAGGGCUGCUAACUGAAAAUGGACAGUACAGGAGGACCUGUGGCCAGGGGAUCACAAGAAUCAGGUGUUAUUCUGGAUCAGAAAAUGCCUUCCCUCCAGCUGGAAAGAAAGCACUCCCUGACUGUGGGGUCCAAGAGCCCCCCAAGCAAGGGUUCGACAUCUACAUGGAUGAACUAGAGCAGGGGGACGGAGACAGCUGUUCGGGCAGAGAGGGGAUGGCGUUUGAGGAUGUGUAUGAAGUAGACACCAGCACACUCAAGUCAGACCUGCACUUCCUGCUGGAUUUCAACACAGUUUCUCCUAUGCUGGUAGAUUCAUCUCUGCUCUCCCAGUCUGAAGAGAUAUCCAGUCUUGGCACAGAUGUGACAAAUGUGACUGAAUAUGCUAAAGAAAUUUAUCAGUACCUUAGGGAAGCUGAAAUAAGGCACAGACCCAAAGCACACUACAUGAAGAAGCAGCCAGACAUCACAGAAGGCAUGCGUACGAUUCUGGUGGACUGGCUGGUGGAGGUUGGGGAAGAAUAUAAGCUUCGAGCAGAGACCCUGUAUCUGGCUGUCAACUUCCUGGACAGGUUCCUUUCAUGUAUGUCUGUUCUGAGAGGGAAAUUGCAGCUCGUGGGAACAGCAGCUAUUCUUGUGGCUUCGAAAUAUGAAGAGAUAUAUCCUCCUGAAGUAGAUGAGUUUGUCUAUAUCACCGAUGAUACAUACACAAAACGACAACUGUUAAAAAUGGAACACUUGCUUCUGAAAGUUCUAGCUUUUGAUCUGACAGUGCCAACCACCAACCAGUUUCUCCUUCAGUACUUGAGGCGACAAGGAGUGUGCGUCAGGACUGAGAACCUGGCUAAGUAUGUAGCAGAGCUGAGUCUACUUGAAGCAGACCCAUUCUUGAAGUAUCUUCCUUCAUUGAUAGCUGCAGCAGCUUUUUGCCUGGCAAACUAUACUGUGAACAAGCACUUUUGGCCGGAAACCCUUGCUGCAUUUACAGGGUAUUCAUUAAGUGAAAUUGUGCCUUGCCUGAGUGAGCUUCAUAAAGCGUACCUUGAUAUACCCCAUCGACCUCAGCAGGCAAUUAGGGAGAAGUACAAGGCUUCAAAGUACCUGCGUGUGUCCCUCAUGGAGCCACCUUCAGUUCUUCUUCUACAAUAAGGUUCUGAAUGGAAGCACUUCCAGAACUUCACCUCCACAUCAGAAGUGCCAUUAAUUGUCAGAGGCUUCUGCAGUUUGGAUCAACUAAUGUUGUUUACAAUAUAGAUGACAUUUUAAAAAUGUAAAUGAAUUUAGGUUCCCUUAGACUUUAGUAAAUUUUAAUAUAGUCCAACAUUUUUUAAACAAUAAACUGCUUGUCUUAUGACCAUGUGUUAGACUUAUUUACUAAUUGUCAUGGCUGACAUAUUCGUCUGGAAUGUUUGUUGAGAGUAUUAAAAGUGUUAUCUCUAUUUCAAGCAUCUUCAAAACUGGUUUUGUAAACGUGGCAUGCUAUUAGGAUUAAGUGUUCCAAGGCAUCCAGGGAUAUUCGUGCUUGAUAAAUGGCUACUCUGAGGCUUUUUUCCUUCCUGUCUCUUUAUUUCCCAGGUAGCUCUCCAUAGAUUAGUAAAGGAAGGAAGGGACAGCCUAGACAGAUGGGUGAAGGGAUUUGAAUAAGCACUGCCUGCUGUAGCUUCACUCCACCAUCCUAGUCAGUAAGACAGGGGUUGAGGCCCAGAUGUAGUCACAUACUUCUUAGGGGUCACUGACAUUUAAUUCUAAUCCAAAGAUGCCAUGCUUAUUUGUACAGGGCUGCUAUUAUGUCUAUGAUCAGGUUUGAUUUAGGUACCCAUUAAGCAUAUAUUUCUGUCUUAGAAGAUGCUUUGGGAGGUAGAAAAAGCAAAUUUCACCUUCAGAAGGAACAUCAGAAUAAUGAACCCAACCCAUCAGCUGUGUCUCUUGGGAGACCUCUGCCCUAAGCUUUGGUAGGACUUGAAUUAUUCCUGAUCUUUCGUGACCUAUGGUUCACUAGUCUAUGUAUGGUUUCUCUCUCCUUUCCUCUCCUCUCCUCUCCUCUCCUCUCCUCUCCCCCCC